AUGUCCCGUCCACCGUCUAACUUCUCUUGGGUUUCGAAAUCUGUAGCCGGGUUCGCCUUUCCAUGGGAAAAGUAUGAGCUAGAAUAUCUAGUAGACAACGCUGGGAUAAGCCAUAUAAUUACUUUGUGCCAUGAAGUUCCCCAGUACAUUUCGGAUUUCACGUCGGUUAAACAUUAUCACUUACCCGUCGAAGAUUUAACCUCUGCAAGCUUGCCUGUUAUUCAGAAAGCAAUGGAAAUUAUCAAACGAGCUGAAACAAAUAAUGAAAAAGUUGGAGUUCAUUGUCAACUGGGUAGAGGUCGUGCGGGAACAAUUUUAGCGUGCUAUCUUGCCUACAAAAACAAUCUUGAUGCCAAUCAAGCCAUUAUGGAAUUGCGUCGACUUAGGCCAAAAUCAAUUGACGAUGAACAGGAAGAAGCUGUGAGACGAUAUGUGAAGUCAAUCAAACAGUAA